ACCGCCGCGGGGCGCGGCGGGCGGGAGCUGGGGCGGGAGGGAAGGAGGGAGGGCAGGAGGGAGGCAUGGGGGUGAGGGGCUGAGAGGGCGCACGCCUUGCUCAUGGCGGGUGCGGAGGGAGCGGCGGGAGGAGCGCGGCAGGUCAAAAAGACUAUCAAUAACAUGGAACAGUGCUUGGAAGUGUUUCAGGAACAAGCUCUUGCUAAAGCCUCUCCAUGUGACACUCAACUUCAGGAGUUACUGCAUCAAAUUGACAUCACAGUAAACAGCAAAAAAGUGGAAUGGGAAAGGAAGAUGAAAGCUUUGGAAGCAAAGAUGGAUAUCCAGGAUCAAGAACUAGCAAGAGCCCAAAGUAAACUGGAUCAAAAAGGUCAAGAGGUGGGACUACUUCAGCAGAAACUGGAAAACUUACAGAAAAAUAAGUAUGAAAUGGCUCAGAGUUAUGAAAAGCAGCUUCAUGCACUGAAAUCUCAAUUUUCAAAGCUGACACAUAAUUAUGAAAAGCUACAGUUACAUCAGUUAAAACAAAAAAAUCUUCAAAGUAGAGGAAAAUGUGAGGAAAGCCUAGAGACACCAUCUGAACUGAGUAACUUAAACAAGAAAUUGGAGGAAUUUAAAGCAAAAUCAAGAGAAUGGGAUAAGAAAGGGACAAUCUGCCAAAAUCAUCUCAUUUAUUUAGAUGCUCAGCAAAAAUUGUUGUCUGAGAAAUGUAAUUUAUUUCAGAAGCAGACCAAGAGUUAUCAAUUCCAUAUAAGCAAUAAGAAGCAGAAUCAAGAAGAUGUAAUUACGUAUGGCCAUCCUGCAGGUGAAAAGGAUGAGUUAAUUACUGAAAAGCUAAAGGCAGCUGUGAAUGAAAUAGCAAUAUACAGGAACAGACUACAAGAGGAAAAUGUGAAACUCCAGGAGGAUCUAAAAAUGUUCCAAAACCAGUGCCAGAACAUGGAGGCCAGCUUUUUAGAAAUGAGAAAAGAGCUGCAGUCACGCGAUGCUCUCUGGAGAAGGAUACAUCUGGAAUGUCAACAACUGCAUACAGAAUUAUUGAAAAUCAGAGAAAUGCAGGAAAUUCAAAUGAAACAUAAGUCAUCUUCUGUACAACCUACUGAGCAACUAGAAAAUAAAAAUUCAGAUUUAUUACUACUGGGACAAAGUCAAGAAAGCCAACAAGAAGUGCUAAAAAAGAUAAGAAACUAUCGAGAGGAGCAGUCCCAUCGCUCUGAGCAGGAAGGAACAAGGACAGAAAUCUCUGACCUGACAGAAGAGCUUCAUCAGAAGGAGAUCACUAUAGCAACUAUCAUGGAGAAAGCUAGUCUUCUGGAAAGACAGUUAAAAAUGGAGUUACAGAUAAAAGACAAAUUGUUAGCAAAACAACAGUUGCUGGAUUUCAGGUACAAAGUUAUCAAAUCUGAAAACACGCAUCUAAAAGAGAUGAUAGAAAAUCAGGAGUGCAAAAGUUGCAUGAGUAUAGAUUUAUCUAACAAAGAACAUGGAAAUUUCACAGCUUCUGUUCACAAACUGGAACAUGAGAAUGUAAGAUUACAAAAUAGCCUUGUUAAACUACAAAAUGACACAGAAACAUCAAUACUGGGUGGCAUGGAUAUAUAUGGAGAAACAGAGUACAGUUACCAAGCCGGUUCAAAGAUGCAGGAAAAGGAAGAGAGAACUUCCCAAAAUGAAGAGGAAUGGCACAUGGAAGCUCAACAGACUGCUAUGCCCACAGCCAGUGGAUGCCACAGAAACCACAGCCCAACUUUAUAUGGCCAAGGCAAUAUCACUGGCUCAAAAAGGGGUAUCGCUUUAUCUUAUAAACUUGACAGAGGUCAUGAAAAGGAACUGGAUGAUAAAUCUCCAUCACCACCAGUGGGGUAUCCUUUGUGCUUUGGCGGGCUGUUUUCUAAAAAAGGCACAACAGGCGGAUUACUAAGCCAUGCUUACGAUGCAGAAGAAAUCAAAUUAUCAUCUUCUCCUGAGAUAUCCGUCCUUGCAACAACAGAAAAGUUCCUUCAAGAGGAAGAGAAACAUACAAAAGAGUUUGAAGAACGUUUAAAUUCACACCUUGAAGAACUGCAGAGGCAUUCUGAAAACACUCUAAAGAAAUACGCCAUGCUACAGCAAAGCAGGCAUACUUAAGCCAGUCCCACAAUCAACAAAAUAAAACCACGCGUAAUCGCUCCAGAAUUCUUAGAAGUAAAAUCUGCAACUAUCUUCGUAAUGUCUUUAGGCACAUCACAAAUUGCAUGUGUUCUAACAUGAAGGUUUCAAAAAGAUAAUCAUUAUCCUGCAGAUUUAGGUGUAUUGCAACUGGGCUACAUGACAAAACGUUGUACUCUAGGCAUACUACAAAAUACACAGGUUAGCUUCACAUAGUUAAAUUGAGACCCCGUUGCAGCACUGUAAAUGAAGACACUUUCAAUUCUGUGAGGUACAGAGGGCUAAUAAGUGGAAUAAUUCCCUCGAAAAUAUAGUCAGACAAGAGAAAUUCUCUAGAUUGCACAGAAGAAGAAUAAUAGGGGCCUUUGGCCAUGCUAUAGCUCCUAGUGUAAAGCGCUAACCUUUGCUCUGGUUAUUCUUGGCUAUAGAAAUAGCCCUUGGGACGCUUGAAAUGAGAAGUCUGAGCUUUUCAUUUCUAAUGGUGUAAGCCAUGCUGUUCUGUGGGAGGAACACGAGCAGACAAAGCACAAACAUACGUUGAAGCCACCCCUAUUACUCCUUUUGCCAGACCCAUAAACUUCGCUUUGGACAGUGAUCUCAAGUAUUUUCUGUGCUUUACAUGAAUACUUAAGAUUUUUAAAUCCCAUCUUCAAAAGCACCUCUUUUGGUACUGAGAUUUUGAUAGUAUGUUGGUGCAUUGUUUAACUACAUUGGAACAGAGAAAAAAUCUUACUUCAUAAAACUUGUGAUGAGUCUUAGAAAAGGGCCUAAAUUCUUUAUAUUUUCCUGCAACAUAGGAAAACAUUGUAAAACUGAACAGAGUUAGUUCAGCUGUAUAUGCUUUACUGAGAGCAGCCCUGAGGAGAAGGGCCUGGUGGUGGCGGUGGAUGAGAAACUCAACAUGAGCCAGCAAUGUGCGCUUGCAGCCCAGAAAGCCAGCCGUGUCCUGG